UGGUUUAGGAACUGUAUAAAAUUAUACAGUUAUAUUAUAUCAAUAUGGCCGCGGAACAGGUUAAACUAGACACAUGCGAUUUUUCCACGAAAUUCGAGAUAAAUAAUUCGACGAAACCGAAGAGAAUUCUAUUGUUUAGCGGCAAGAGAAAGUCCGGAAAGGAUUAUAUCACUGAUAAUUUGCAUAAAAGAAUUGGUUCGCAAAGGAGUGUAAUUAUACGAUUAUCAGGGCCUAUAAAAACGCACUGGGCAAAAUCUUUGAAUCUUGAUAUCAACCAAUUACUGGGACAUGGAGAAUACAAGGAAAAAUAUCGACUUGAUAUGGUUAAGUGGGGAGAAGAUAUGCGAAAGAAAGAUUAUGGCUACUUUUGUCGUGCUGCUAUUGAUAUGUAUAAUGCAAGGGGUAAGCCAGUGUGGAUAAUAAGUGAUAUUAGAAGAAAGACUGAUAUUAAGUGGUUUAUGGAAAAUUUUGGAGAUUUAUGUAAAAAUAUACAUAUAGCCUGCUCUGAGGAAGUUAGACAAAAACGUGGCUGGAUCUUUACACCAAGUAUAGAUGAUUCAGAAACAGAGUGUGAUUUGGACAAUGUAAGUGAUUGGGAUUUGUUGCUGGAGAACAAUGAUGAUAGUGAUACAGAAGCUAUACUGCAACAACUAUUAGGACUAGUUAGCUAGCAGAAAUUUUUCUAUUUUGUCAAACGCACAAUAAAUAAUAUUUCACAACUUUA